UGUGACGCGGAGCCACAUGAAACGACAAAGAACGAGGUAGUGUGUACUUCCCCACCUCACACGGGCUCAUUGAUAAAGCAUGUGCACAGUCGGCUGCUGCAGUUCUCGCAACCAAAGGCAACUGAGUUAUGGAGCAGAAAGUGAAUGUUGUUUCGAGGUCACAGUGGGGAGCGGCUGCCGCUCUACGACGAGAGAGACUGACGGACUCUGCCCAGAGAGUCAUCAUACACCACACUGCGUUUGAAAGCUGCAAAAGCCUGAGUGAGUGCAACGACCAGCUCGUCACCAUCCAGACGAUGCACAUGAAGGAAAGAGGCUUUGAUGACAUUGGAUACAACUUCCUCGUGGCAGGAGACGGCACCAUGUUCGAGGGCCGUGGCUGGGGCGUGGCAGGCGCACAUACCAGAGGCAACAAUCAUGACUCGCUGGGGAUCGCCUUCAUGGGCAACUUCAACCGUGACACACCAAGCCAAGAGGCCGUCUCCGCCGUCACACGGCUGCUGCAGUCGGCCGUUUGUCAAGGCUUUUUACACCAAGACUUUGUCUUGUUAGGACACAGAGAUCUUGGAAACACAGAAUGUCCAGGAGAGAAGCUUUAUGCUGUCCUACCACAGCUGAGAAGAACUGACUGAAAGAUGGAAAAGUCUUCCCUUUAAUCCAAGGACUAAAGUGGAUUACAGGCUGUGAACUUUAUAGAGAAACACUAACUCUCCAAGCUUUUUUCGUUUCACAUUUUGUUGGUCCUGGACAAAUCACAGCCUGUCUGGCCUUUGUGUUGCAGCAGGGGGAGCCAUUACAUGGGGAUAGUUGGUUGGUUUACAGACCAUCUCAACAUUGGUGAAAUGGUUGCCACAAUAUCAUGAUAUAUUUGUUCUUGUGCCUGGCGCAAUAUAAAUAAUUAAUUGUUGCUAUUAACUAA